AUGGGGAAAAAUGAUCCAAAGCUAGGCUGUCCAGACAGUACAGCACAGGAAGCAUUGCUUGCUGCAAUUAGUGAAAAGGAUGCAAACAUUGCCUUGCUUGAACUGUCUGCUUCAAAGAAAAAGAAGACACAAGAGGAAGUAAUGGCUCUUAAAAGAGAGAAGGACAGAUUAGUACAUCAGUUAAAACAGCAGACACAAAACAGAAUGAAACUAAUGGCAGAUAACUAUGAUGAUGACCAUCACCACUACCACCAUCAUCACCACCAUCACCAUCACCGAUCUCCUGGGAGGCCACAACACUCCAACCACAGACCCUCUCCAGAUCAGAUGAUCCAGUCACUGUUGGAGGCACAUAGCCACGGCAAAAUCUCAUGCUGUACAUUGAUCACCUGUCCAACCUUUGCCUAGAGUGUGAUCCCCAGUUCCUUCAAGAGAUCCAUCUUUACCUGUCAAUAAAGAAGAAGAGGAGGAGGGAGACAUCUGGGAUAUUCAAGUAUCAAAGUUUAACACCAGACCAGGUUGAAUCUCCAUUUAUAUUUUUCUCUCUAUAUGUUGCUAGUGUUGACUUUGGCUGAAGAUUUUUUUCAGGAAUUACAUAGUGUGCUCUGAAGUGUUACCUCCAUUAAAACAUUUUUGUUUAGAUUCCUCACUUAAUUAAAUUAUACAUGUGCUUUUCAUAGUUCUAGGGUGCAAUACUGAAUCCAAAAUCAUUCUGCUAUAAAGCAAGUUAGCUAAUACUGAGCAUGUGUGGCAGUCUGUAUACAUCUCUUGAAUAUAUGCAUACUACAAAGACCAGAAUGGCUUGUUCUGUGUACUGUAGUUGUACCAUUCCGUAUUUAGCACAUACAACUAAAUUCAGGUCCUCAGCAAGUAUGCUCAUUUCCACUAACUUGCUUCAGAUGUGAAAUUUACUCUUUCUUCCUCUUCCAUUUCUAAGAGGACUUUGAUAUCCAGAAAACAGACAAGGUUUCCCUUGCUGUCCUAAGGACUGCCCCUUUAGGAGUCUAGUACAGCCCACACACAAUCCUGGAAUAUAUCCAACUUGUUCUUUGAGCAGAAUGUGAACCUCUCACCUUCUGGGCCUCCGGCAAGA